AUGCCUCUGAUCCACGAAGAUUGGGUCUACGCCAGGAUUGUGAUUUCAGUCUCAGUAGAAAACAAGAACCAAGCACCUACAGCAGCCAUGUGUGUCAAGAGCUGCUUUGAGAUUGGCUGUGGCUCUGAGUGCACCUCCGUGAGAGGGCGGCCUGUUAACCCCCCCUUCCUUGUCCUUCCUCCCACUCCCAGUCAGAAGGUGAGUCUGAAGGAGAGGGUGUUCUCCAGCCCACGGAGCUCCGGCACCAAAGGCAAGGGCUCUCCGCAGGGCCAGCAGCCGCUUCGCCGCUCCCCGAGUGCGGACCAGAACAGCAUCGAGGACAGCCCCUCCAAAGUGCCCAAGAGCUGGAGCUUCGGCGACCGCAGCCGGGCGCGGCAGGCAUUCCGCAUCAAAGGGGCGGCCUCCCGACAGAACUCCGAAGUCCUGAUUGAGAUGCAAACAGAAGAUUUAAGGCAGAAGAGCUCUCCAGAGGCGAGCCUUCCUGGGGAAGAUAUUGUGGACGACAAUAAAAGUUGCCAUUGUGAGUUUGUGUCUCAGGAUUUAACGCCUGGACUCAAAGUCACCAUAAGGGCUGUGUGCAUAAUGAGGUUUAUGGUCUCUAAGCGAAAGUUCAAGGAGAGUCUGCGGCCAUACGAUGUGAUGGACGUCAUAGAGCAGUACUCGGCCGGCCACUUGGACAUGCUGGCCAGGAUUAAAAACCUGCAGUCCAG